AUGACUUAUUUCUCUAAAGAGGAAAAGAGGCCAAAACGUAUCGGCUCAGUUCCUGGUCAUUUGGUAAUCAACCGUGGGAGGGAAGAAGGUAAUUCUCGACUCUACAAUGACUAUUUUUCUGAUAAUCCCACAUACGGUGCAAAUUUAUUCCGUAGAAGAUUCCGAAUGCAAAGGAGUCUUUUCCUUCGUAUCGUCGACGCUGUACGAGAGCACGAUAACUAUUUUGUACAGAAGGUGGAUAGUGUCGGCCGGAUUGGACUAUCUACUUUACAAAAAGUAACAGCAGCAUUUCGCAUGUUGGCAUAUGGUGCACUGGCAGAUAGUACUGACGAAUAUGUAAGGAUUGAAGUGUAUGGAGAUGAAUAUCUUAGAUCCCCCUAUACCGACGAUGUUGCAAGACUGUUACAAAAAGGCGAAGAGCGAGGUUUCCCAGGAAUGAUGGGAAGUCUAGACUGUAUGCAUUGGGAAUGGAAAAACUAUCCAACAGCAUGGGCGGGACAAUACUCAGGACGUCACGGAGGCCCAACCAUUAUUCUUGAGGCAGUAGCAUCGUAUGACCUAUGGAUAUGGCAUGCAUUCUUUGGCUUGCCAGGUUCUAAUAACGAUAUUAAUGUAUUACAAGCAUCUAAUUUGUUUGACAACCUAACGCAAGGUAUUACUCCUCCUGCUCAUUAUACAAUUCAAGGAAAGAAUUAUGAUGUCGGUUAUUAUUUAGCCGAUGGCAUAUACCCGAAAUGGACAACCCUUGUUCAAACCAUUUCCAAAUCCGAAGAUAAAAAGAAACAAUAUUUUGCAAUGAUGUAA